AUGGUGCAACCAAAAGAGUGGCUUGAUACUUUCAAGAACUGGAGUAAUGCAGAGCGUCUCAUGGCAUUAGAUCAGAUGAUAAAUGAAUGUGAACCAACACAAGUUCGACAUAUGAUGCAGGCUAUUGAACCUCAAUUCCAACGAGACUUCAUUUCAUUACUUCCAAAGGAGCUUGCCUUACAUGUAUUAUCAUUCCUAGAUCCUAAAGAUCUUUUACAAGCAGCUCAAACUUGUCGUUAUUGGCAUAUAUUAACAGAGGAUAAUUUAUUGUGGAGAGAAAAAUGUCGGGAGGAAUCCAUAGAUAAACUAACAUCCUCCAAACGUAAAAGUGGCAGUCUGUGUAGUCAAUGGAAGAAAUUAUAUUUACGUCAGUAUCAAAUAGAGCAAAAUUGGAGAUCCGGUGCUAAUAAACCAAAUAAGGUAUUAAAGGGUCAUGAUGACCAUGUGAUAACUUGUCUAGAAUUUUGUAAUAAUAAAAUAGUUAGUGGUUCAGAUGAUAAUACUCUUAAAGUUUGGUCAGUCCUUACUAGUAAGUGCCUUCGUACUCUGGUAGGUCAUACAGGUGGUGUAUGGUCAUCACAGAUGGUUGGUAAUACUAUUAUUAGUGGUUCAACUGAUAGGACAUUACGUGUAUGGAAUGCUGAUACAGGACAUUGUCAACAUGUAUUAUAUGGUCAUUCUUCUACUGUUAGAUGUCUUAGUUUACAUGGUAAUAAAGUUGUAAGUGGCUCUAGAGAUGCCACAUUAAGAAUGUGGGAUAUAGAGACGGGAGAAUGUUUAUAUGUAUUACUAGGUCACGUGGCAGCUGUACGAUGUGUACAAUAUGAUGGUAGACGUGUUGUCAGUGGAGCGUAUGAUUAUGUGGUACGUGUUUGGGAUCCAGAGACUGAGUCGUGUAUACAUACAUUACAAGGUCAUACUAAUAGAGUUUACUCGUUACAGUUUGAUGGUGUACAUAUAGUAAGUGGAUCAUUAGAUACAUCAAUAAGAGUUUGGGAUGUAGAGUCUGGUCAUUGUUUACAUACAUUGAUAGGUCAUCAGUCAUUGACUAGUGGUCUAGAGUUAAAAGAUAAUAUAUUAGUAUCAGGUAAUGCUGACUCUACUGUAAAAGUCUGGGAUAUUACUAGUGGUCAAUGUCUACAAACACUUCAAGGGCCUCAUAAACAUCAGAGUGCAGUGACAUGUUUACAGUUCAGUAAGAAAUUUGUUAUAACAUCUUCAGAUGACGGGACAGUAAAAAUCUGGGACUUAAAAACAGGCGAUUUCCUCAGGAACUUGGUGUCGUUAGACAGUGGAGGAAGUGGUGGUGUGGUCUGGAGAUUGAGGUGUAGUAAUACAAAACUAGUAUGUGCUGUAGGCAGUCGUAAUGGUACUGAAGAAACUAAAUUAUUAGUCUUAGAUUUUGAUGCUGGAAAAACUGAGACAUGA